AUGUGUUUAUUCCCCUCUCUUCGUCUUGCUAUAUCUACUUUUUCCCUCUAUUUGAUUCUUUGCCUUACUCACAUUUCUUGCGCACACUGUAACCCACUCUUUUUAUAUAACCUUCCUUUCUUUAUUUCUUUUCGUUUCUGUCUUCGUUUUUUGUACCCUCUCUCCCUCCUCUAUUGCAUUAUUCUAUCUUUCUCAACUUCACAUCAAAUUCACAUCUCUCACCCUUCCUUCCUCCCUUCCUCCCUUUCUCUCUCUCUCUCUCUCUCUCUCUCUCUCUCUCUCUCUCUCUCUCUCUCUAGCAUUUUACUUUAUUCCCUUUUCUCUUCCUCUGUCUUCGUCUUCUUUUUUCUUUCCAACUAUUUUGUUCUUUGUCUAGCUCUAUUUUCUGUUUCUUUAUAUUUGACCUUAUCUUCAAUGUCUUCCCCCACUUUCUCUCUCUCACUCUCUCUCUCUCUCUCUCACUCUCUCUCUCUCUCUCUCUCUUCCUCUUUCUCACACGUACGCGCAUUCUCUUUCUCUGUCUGUCUCGCUCUCUUUCUCUCUUUAUAUCCAUCUGAUGGAAGCUAUGAUCGUAAGCUGUUAAAGUCGAUUGGUAGCCUGGUUCACUUAUUCGACAGUGGUACUGCUCGUGUUAGUUUGUUAGACAGUAUCCUUCCACGGUGUUGCUGCUGA